AUGGUAAGUGGUAGUAGUUGUCAUGUUGUUGAUGUUAUUGUGGGGGAUAAGAGAGUUGUGGAGGUUGAUGAUGGUAAUUCUUGUAGGAUUGAUUUUGUAACUUGUAAGAGUUCUUUUGUGAAUGAUUGUGAUGAUGUUGGUGGUUUGUUGCGUAGUUUUUAUCCAGAACCAGAGAGAGUUUUGUUGUCCGCUAGUUGGAAGGGGAUUAUACAUAGUGUUGGUCAAGAAUUUGAAGGUGGAGUGCCGGCGUUCCGCAUUGUAUUGGCUAAGUAUGCAGUUAAGUGUGGUUUUGCAGUGAAUUAUUUGAAGAACGAUGCAACAAGAGUAACUGCUGAAUGUAUGAUGAAGUCGUCUACGGGUUGUAAAUGGUUUGUGCAUGGAAAGGUGUUGAUGGAUUUCGGUGUUUUUUUUAUAAUGAAGUUGGAUAAUGUGCAUACUUGUGGGGUUGUUGCUCGUAGAUCUUGUAGCAAAAUGGAGUUGAUAAGGCAAGAGGUGGGUUGGUUUGGUGAUUUUGCAACUUCUUUUGACCAGCUUCGAUGGUACCUUGAGACGGCUAUGAGAACGAAUCCGGGAAGUGUGUUUGAAUUAGAUGUGAAUGAAAGUAGUGGGUGUUUUCGGAGGUUGUUUGUGGCAUUUCAUGGAUGCUUGUAUGGCUUUCAAUUUUGUCGUCCGUUGUUGUUUGUUGAUGGUACAUUUUUGAAGGGGCGUUACAAGGGGCAUUUGCUUGCAGCAACAUCAAAGGAUGGUAAUCAAGGUCUGUUUUCUUUGGCUUUUGCGAUUGUUGACGCUGAAAAUCAAGAUAAUUGGAUGUGGUUCUUAAGUCAGUUGUUAAAGGCUGUUGGUUCAGGCUGGAGAUUGACUUUUGUGUCGGACCUUAAAUGUGCUUAUGCGCCAACGGUUGCUUCUUUCCAACAUUAUAUGGAGAAAUUGAGGUGUAUUGCUGGGAAUGGUAGAGUUAAUAGUAUGUUGGAUGGUUUGCAAAAUGAUAAGUGGGCCAAUGCAUUUUUUAGAGGGAAACGAUAUGGUGAGAUGUCAUCUAAUGCUGCCGAGUCUUACAAUAAUUGGAUUGGUGGGGCCCAUGAGUUGUUUAUUACUUAUAUGGUUGAUAUGAUUAGGGUUCAAAUCAUGACUCAAUUGUCGGAUAGAAGAGCUGAAUCUAGAAGAUGGACUACGAAAUUGUAUCCAGUUAUGGAAAAGAAGUUGGUGGACUCUUCGGAGCUAGCUAAGUCUUGGGAUGUGAUUGUUGCUAGUGAUACUGUGCUUGAGGUUCAUUCUUCUAUUUCUUUUUAUGUUGAUAUUGGCAGACAGACUUGUUCUUUCCAUGAAUGGCAAUUGAAUGGUUUUCCUUGUUGUCAUGCUGUGCAUGCUUUGCGUAGUAGUGGUAGAGAUGUGUAUGGUUUCAUUGAUCCUUUUUUUCAUGUAGAUUGUUUUAGAGAGUCAUACAAGGAAUCUGUUUAUCCAGUGCCUUCAAGUGAGAGAUUUGACUUUGAUGGUGCUAGUAGUUCGGUUAUCAAACCUCCUAUAACGAAGAAGCAGCCUGGGCGGAACAAGAAGAAGAGGAUACCUUCUAGGGGUGAGAAUGUGAAGCAAAUCAAGUGUGGGAGGUGCUUGAAAUAUGGGAAUCACAAUAAGAAAACGUGCAAGGUUGCUAUUUGA